UUCCCGCCACCAUGAAGUGUGUCGUCGUCAACCUCCUCGUACUCCACCUCGCCCUCCUCCUCACAGGAGUAGGGGGGGAGAUGUGUGAGUGUGUGACUCUGGAUCAUGAGUGGGGAGGGAGCUACGCCGCUAAGUUCUCCGCCUCUACCCUCCACCCCUUUGUUGCGUUCGAAGUUGUACUCACCCUUGACCAACCUGCAGGAAGUUUAGAGUUCUGGACAGGUGAAAUCGAGAAGAUGGACGACACUCACUUUAAGCUCUACAAUGACAACUUCUUGGUCGGUACUGGCGGCUAUCUCAAGUUCGACUUUCAGGUCCACUACUCCGGUGACUCUCGCCCGGACGUGAUCGACGCUACAAUGAACGGCGUCGAUGUGUGUGACGGAGGUGACCGCUGGACGACAGAAACUCCCUACGAGAAUUCUUGCCUGUCCACGGGGAUGUUGCCUUACGACUAUAGCCAGGCGCUGUGUAUGUCGUUCCUGUUCUACGAGGCCCAGCGGUCUGGUCACCUACCGGAUACCCAACGAGUUACCUGGAGAUGGGACUCAGCCAUGAACGACGGAGGUGAUGUGGGACUUAACCUGACUGGAGGAUACUAUGAUGCUGGUGACCACGUUAAGUUCGGCUUCCCCAUGUCCUUCACUGCUACCAUGCUUGCCUGGGGCCUCAUCGAUUUCGCCGAAGGAUACGAAACAGCAGGUCAGACGGAUUAUGGUCGAGAGGCUCUAAAAUGGGCGACUGAUUACUUCCUGGAGGCCUACACUGCCUACUGGGAGUUCUAUGGCCAGGUAGGUGAAGGAGGCAUUGACCACGGCUACUGGGGAAGACCCGAGGACAUGUUUAUGAAGAGGCCCUCAGCGAAGAUUGACACUGAGGCUCCAGGAUCUGAGUUAGCAGCCGAGACAGCCGCCGCCCUUGCUGCCGCCUCCAUCGUGUUUAAGGAAGACGACCCCGACUACUCGACUAAGAUGCUCGGAGUAGCUAAAGAGUUGUAUGACUUUGCUGACGAGCUGAGGGAGUAUUACCACAACUCUAUAAAGGAUGCUGCUGGCUUCUACAGGUCAUGGAGUGGGUACGGGGACGAACUAUGCUGGGCGGCACUGUGGUUGAACAGAGCCACGGGGAACAAGACCUACCUAACGAAGGCUCAGGAACACUGGGACGAGUUCACACUGGCGGAAGACGCUCUCCAGUUCUCGUGGGACGACAAAAAAGCUGGAGACUAUGCACUGGGCUCAAUGCUUGACCCAGAGAACCCUCAGUACGAGACAGCGCUCAAGGCCUUCCUGGAAUACUUGAAGAAUGACGCCUCGUACACCCCGGGAGGUCUAGUCUUCCUGGACGAGUGGGGGUCCAACAGACACGCUGCUAACGUCGCCUUUAUCUCUCUCUGGGCGGCUAAGUACGGUGACCAAGCCGACUCCGAGGCAAAUCGCCAGUGGGCUGAGGGCCAGAUGAACUACAUCAUGGGGGACGCCGGUCACUCCUUCGUCGUGGGUUUCGGUGUGGACCCACCUCAGCGUCCACACCACCGCUCCAGCUCGUGCCCGCUGCCACCAGCCUCCUGCACUGACGGCUGGGCACAGAACCAGGAUGGCCCCAACCCCCACGUCCUCUACGGGGCACUGGUGGGUGGACCGGCAAAGGACGGAACUUACGUAGACGACCGCAAGGACUACCAGCACAACGAGGUGGCCUGUGACUACAACGCUGCCUACACUGGGGCUCUGGCGGCUAUGAUCGAGAAUAGCUAGACCCACCUGCAAGUGUUUUAGGUUGCGUUAGUGAACCUAGUGUCCAUCUUUCCUGUCUGUGGUUUGUGUGUCCCUCCCAGGUCUUAUCUCACCAGACUUUCAUAAUUUUGAUCCUCUGAAACUAUGAAGUAACGCAUUUAUGAAAAAUAAUAUAUAAUAUGACAUACAGUAGUUUGCAUCUUGUGGAAUAAUACAACAAUUCAGUGAUGAUGCAAGAUUAAGUGACACACGAUGUAUCAAGAAAGAACAUGUAUUCACCCCCAAAAAACAUAUGAAAGUAAUACUGGUGUGACAAUUAGAGUAAUUAACUGAAACUGAAUUUGUAAAUAAAAGAAAAAUAAAUGGGGUCCAUACUCUAUAUAUACAGUAUGAAGAAAACAAGAAA